CCCUUGGAUGACAAUGGCCUUCUAGCUGGACGCAGAGUGAUUUUGGGGGUUCUGGCCCCCCGUGACAGGGUUUCCUGUGCAGUGGCCUCUCUUUGCCUUUCGUUCUUUGCUUGGGGGAUUAAAGGGAAGGUACCUUUCCCACCAGGGGGCCAAACCUGGCACAAGAAGGACCCGCUUCUGCUGCCGGAUCUUGCCGACCUCAGGGUCACGCUAGAUCCAAACAGACCAAGUGGAUUACAAGUUUGCGGGGAGUCCGGAGGAAAAACACAGGGAGAGCGUUCGCCAAAGUUCAGGACAGAAAACAUGCUGUAAUCUACUGAGCUUCAAGCUCUAAGGUGAGGAUUGCGCUCUUCGGCUCUGAUGGACUCGCCUCUUCCCAGGAUGGAGCCAACUUUUCUUCUCUGCCCAUAAACAGCUGGACAACCAGCCGGCCCUUCCACUGUAGGCAGCCGCUGCAGUGCUGACAAUGCUCGGCUGCUCUCCUGUCCUGCUCUCCGCCUUGUGUUGGGUCUUGUUCUGGACAUCUGUGGAAGCUGAGGACUGCGCGGAGCGCUGUGACCUGUACCACGGACACUGUGACGAGGACAGAGUGUGCAGGUGUGACCCCGGCUGGGACGGCCUGUAUUGUGAAGACUGUGUGAGGAUGCCGGGCUGCGUUCAUGGGGCGUGCCACCAACCCUGGCAGUGCAUGUGCCGGAGCGGCUGGGCCGGCAACUUCUGUGACAAAGAUCUCCACCUAUGUGAACACUCGGACCCGUGCCGGAAUGGGGGUGAAUGUGUCAUCAGUGCGGAUGGAGAUGACAUCUGUAACUGCCCAGAAGCCUUUCACGGCAAGAACUGCGAGCUGAAGAGAGGACCCUGCGAGGCGGAGGGGUUUCCCUGUCUGAAUGGUGGCACCUGCCAGGACGAUAGCGGGUUUGCAGAUGCAUUCACCUGCCGCUGCUUGGCCGGAUACGUUGGCAGACUGUGCGAGACAGACGUGGACGAUUGCUUGAUGAGGCCUUGUGCCAAUGGAGCCACCUGCAUCGAUGGGGUGAACCGCUUCUCAUGUGAAUGUCCUUACGGCUUCCAGGGACGAUUCUGCACAGUUAACAUGGAUGAUUGCGUGGGGCAGCCGUGUCAGAAUGGAGGACGCUGCUUUGACCGGGUUGGGGACUAUGAAUGUUACUGUAUUGAGGGAUUUAUUGGGAAGUCCUGCGAAAUCCCCGUUCCCAGGUCCACAUGGGACUACCAGUCUGGGACAUCAGCAAGGGACCUCACGUCUCAGACCCAGCCCACAAGGACAGUUGGCACAAGCCGCUGGAGUCCCGUUUCCAUGGACAAACCUGGACACUUCAAAAUCUCAGUUAAGGAGGUGGUGACCCAGCGGGAACAGGGGCUGAGCAAACUGCAGCUAAUCAUUGUCAUUGUGUUUGGGGUCAUUACCGGCCUGGUUGUUCUGCUCACUGUUGGUUUGGUCUUGUGGUACCGGCACCGGGGCUCUGGACAGCCAGGCUGGUGUAGUAACUCUUCAGCAGGUACCAAGACCCACUAUCAGCAGUGCCAUGGGACUGCCCCGGGGAACCGGAAAACUACGGAGCUGUGACCUAUCAAUGUACAUAGAUUCUUACUCAAAA